AGUUUUGUCAACUUGGUCCGACCUUCGACGUGGUUGCACCUCAUUCGCGAACGGUGAACCUCGCCGUUUUGAUUGCCUGUCACCUCGGAGCCGGCGUCGCGUCCGCUUUCCCUCAAAAAAAAUAGUCGACCAUCAAAAAUUUUGAGGAAAAUUAUGAAAUCCUUUUCACUCCUUGCCAUCUUCUAUUUCUUCUCGGCCGCAUUCGGCAAAGGAUGCGUUCAAUUUGACAAAUACACAUUUGACAAGAUUAUUUCGAGGUUUGAAGCAGCUUUAAUCAAAUUUGACAGUGCCUAUCCUUUUGGACCAAAACACGAAGCAUUUGAAGUAGUCUGUGAGGAUUCUACUACAGCCCCCGAUCUCAUAGUAGGAGAAGUCCAAGUCAAAGAUUAUGGCGAGAAAGACAAUGAGGAUUUGGCUCAGAAGUAUGGAGUUGAAAAAAGCAGUUUUCCAACUGUUCUUCUUUUCGUGAAGGGCAAGUCUGAACCUGUACCUUUCAAAGAGAGCGACGACUUUCCAUUUAACGCUGUGAACUUGAAGAAGUUCAUUAAGACACAUGCCAAACUUUACAUCGGUCUGCCAGGUUGCCUCAAAGAAUUUGACUUACUCGUCAAAAAGUUCAGCAAGGAACAGACGUUGCAAGGAAAGAAGAAGCUGCUGUCUGAGGCCGAAGCGUUGAAAAAAAAGGUCCAGACAGAAAAAAAUAAAAAAUCGGCCGACACUUACAUCAAGAUCAUGAAGAAAAUUGUAGAAAAAGGAGAUACAUUCGUCGAAACAGAAUCAACUCGUGUUGAGAAUGUUCUCAAAGGGAAGUUAAACAAACAAAAAAUGGAGGAAAUGCAGGAAAGGAUCAACAUCCUUGGCUCGUUCAAAGAGCACGAUGAACUUUAAAUUAACAAAAAAAGUAACUUUUAAAGUGCCGUUGUGUGUUUGAAAAUUGUAAUCUAUUUUAAAGAGUAACAUUCCUUUUUAUAUUGGAUUUUUAAAGGUGUGAAAUAAUUCCUACUAUCACAAACUAGAACCAAGUAUCACCUUGUUCUUCUGAACUGUCCUGAUGGUUUCGUUUUAAUUUAUAAAACAUUGUUAAUUCUUUA